CUAGUUUCUUUCUUACCUCGCUUGCAUUUCAAACUUUAACUCCUCUGAGUCUGCACCAAAACCAGCCUUCUUUUUGUUAUAAAUCAAAGAGAAACAAAGGCACAGAGUGGGAGAGAGAUCAAUAUUGGUUUUUCAAUCUCUUCUGUUUCAUUUUGAGAAGCCAUCCAGAAGAGGAGCUUGCAGCCAACGAGAUUCUUUCUGUUUUCUGCAGGCCCGUUGAACUCUGCAACAUUAUUCAGUGACGUUCUAUGUCAAAUCCAAUAUUCCUUCAGAGAUGCUUGCGCCACAAGAUAGAGGCGAAGCACAAGAGGAGAAUACAAAUGACAGUUUGCUUAAAGAAGAUUAUCACUAAUGGGAAAAGUGUCUUUCCUAUGUAUGUCUGUCUUGCUAGGCGGGUUACUGAUAGAGGAAUUUCAACGGAUAGGGUUGUUUAUCAUAUCGGCCGCAUUUUCGUCUUCCGAGGUGAUGUUGAUUUGAAUUCUGCGGUCCAAGUAAAGUUUACACUUCCAGAAAUGAAUAAGUUAGCGAAGGAAGCUAUAUCUGACACAAUUGAUCUCUUGUUUCUCAGCGCAGCCACCGUUGAGGACUCAAAUUUAUCAGAUGGAGCUAGUUCAAACUUGCCGCCUUUGGAUCUGAAUCAUCGUCCUUCAGCUGAAGAGUACUGUCUCUUGGGGAAAAUAACUUUAAAAACACUUUAUGGGACUUGGAAUUAUUUUCCUACUUUUCAUAUGGGACGCCGAACUGACUUUUGCACAACUGUGGAUUUGUUUCCAUGUGUUCUGAAGUCGAAUUUUCAAAAUGACGGUUCAAAAGUCUCCAUUCAAGUUCCAUCUAAUUAUGAAAAUAUGAGCGUAUCAGAGUUACAUGUCCAAAUUUCUGCUGAAGAGUUUGGGUCCAAAAAGAAAUCUUCCAGGCCUUUCGUGCUCUGGGAGUGAAGUUUUCUCCUCAUCAUUUCUCAUAUGAUCGGGUAAAUUGUUGGACUUUGACAAAAUCUCAAAAAGGAAACACCGACUUGGAUAUCAUUUCAAUUUGUUGCCCAUGCAGUUACUCUUCAACUAGUUUUUUAGCAACUUAGGCUUUGUCUAUUUUUCUAUAUGGAUGGUUUCAUGUUGAAGAUUCUGGAUUAUUUCUUCAUGCCUAUAGUUACAAACUAUGCUUUCUGAGAUUCAUAGCUGAAUGUUUUCAUAGUUAUCAAAACACAAAAGUGGUGCAAAGUAGCCAAUCCUAAAACUGUUUCUGCAGGAUAUUGCUGGUAGUGGCAUGGUUACUAUAUGAUUCUGAAUUCAAAUAAAUACAUUAUAUUAGACUUAUA